AUGUCUACGGAGCAGCCCUGUGAUUUAGCCUAUGAAUUUGGAGAUGGGCACUUGGAUCUCUGUGAUUAUCCUCAAGGCUUUCCAAGACCAGAAAAACAUCCAUAUCCUUUCGAUGAUCAGGUUGUCAUGUAUGUUCGUCAUGUUGGACCUGGGGUGCUAGUGGGGCAAGCAUGGCAAGAAGGGAAGGAAUUACAGCAAGUUCCUCAGAAGUUAUGUGAUGAGAUUUUGAUGGUUAAAGAUUAUGGCCCACCUAGAGAAUAUCCCUAG